AUGGGAUGGGAAACUCUGAGAGAUCUAAUGAUUGAAGAGUACUGCCCAAGGGGUGAUAUCCAAAAGCUGGAGGAGGAACUGUGGAGCCUAACCAUGAAGGGCUCCGACGUAGUCUCUUAUACCGCCAGGUUCUGUGAACUGGUGGCCCUCUGUCCCAACAUGGAUCAUACUGAGGGAAAGAAAAUCGAGAGAUAUAUAUGGGGGCUGAUGCCACCGUACCAGGGAAAUGUUUUGGCAUCACACCCCACUACAUUUGAUAGUGCUAAGCGAUUGGCACAGCGGCUCAUAGACCAUGGGGUUCGUGAUGGGUUUUGCGCAUUCUAA